UCUUCAAACAAUAUAAUUAGAAACACUGGCACCCCUAACUCAGUUCACCUUCACGUCCACUUCAUUGUACAGAUAUGUCACCAGAAUAGCCACUUCUAGCGUAGCUUGAAUACAAUAUUCAAUCUCUACAGAUGCUGGCCGUCACUUAUCCUACCCCGAUUGAUCGCUGUCCAGGCACACCCUUUCGCUCCCGCUCCAGUCUCGUCGACUGUACGGUACAGCCACCAUGCGUCUGAUCAGACGAGCCUGGCUGCUCCCAGCCUUGUUUUUAGCCUGCGUCAUUUACUAUCUGUUUCUGUCCCCCAGCGAUAGCGUUCUAUAUCCUUCCUCCAAACGACCUUAUUCCAAUAUCCAUUGGACAAAACGACCUGAGCGGUACCCUGUCACCAACUACCGAGAGUUUCCAACGGGCCCACUCGCGCGGAUUCCUCGAAUUCAGUAUGAUUUCGAAGUCCACACCGAAUCAGAAGAUGCUCGGAGGACGCGUGAGUCAAGACAGGCCGCGGUCAAGGAGGCGUUCAUGCAUGCAUGGGGCGGCUACAAAAAGUACGCUUGGGGCAAGGAUGAAGUCGCACCUGUCAGCGGUCUCCCCAGGUCCAGCUUCGGCGGCUGGGGUGCGACACUGGUUGAUACAAUGGACACUUUGUGGAUCAUGGAUCUGAAGAGUGAAUUUGACGAGUGUGUCGAGGCGGUCAAGCAGAUCGACUUCACCACAAACGACGAGCAGGUCUUGAAUGUCUUCGAGACCACGAUUCGGUAUCUAGGGGGACUGCUCGCCGCAUAUGACUUGUCAGGAGGGCAGUACAAACCCCUCCUCGACAAGGCGCGGGACUUGGGCGAAAUGCUCUACACAGCUUUCGACACCCCCAACCACAUGCCCAUGACACGUUGGGCCUGGACGCAAUCCGCCAUCGGCGGGCAGAUUGAACCGAGCGCCUACACUCUUCUGGCAGAGUUGGGAAGUCUGACACUCGAGUUCACCAGGCUGAGCCAGCUAACAGGGGACAUGAAAUACUUCGACGCUGUACAGAGGAUCGCCGAACUCAUGGAAAGCAAUCAGAACGCCACCAAGAUUCCGGGGCUCUGGCCUACAAUCGUCAAUGCAAAGGAUCUCAAAUUUGAGUAUAACCACUUCACAUUUGGUGGCAUGGCCGAUUCCACUUACGAGUAUCUCCCCAAGCAAUACAUGAUACUUGGAGGCCGAGACCAGAAGUAUCGCCGCAUGUACGAAACGGCAAUUGAAGCUGCCAAAAGAUAUCUGUUCUUCAGACCAAUGGUGCCGGAGGGCGAAGAUAUCCUUUUCAGCGGAAACGCCGCCUUGAACACCUCGAGUCCGAUUGGACUAACCAUCAUGGAUCCGCAAGGGCAGCACCUUGGUUGUUUUGUCAGCGGUAUGGUAGGCAUUGGUGCGAAGAUAUUCGGCCGACCAGAAGAACUUCCGAUCGCUCGAAGAUUGAUUGACGGUUGUGUCUGGGCUUACAAUGCGAUGCCAUCUGGCUUGAUGCCCGAGACAUUUCACGUAGCGCCGUGCCAAUUGGGAGUGGGUGAAGCGCCGCCUGGCCGAUGCGAUUGGAGCGACAGUAAGUGGUGUGAAGCGCUUGCUAGCAGGUUUGCCCCCACAGAAGAGACAAAGCACAUGAGCGCGGCCGAGAGAGGGAAUUAUCUGGCUGAGAAACGUAUGAUCUUUCCUGGCUUCACCGAGCAUGGCGACAAUCGCUACAUCCUCCGCCCGGAGGCCAUCGAAUCGGUUUUCAUCAUGUACCGCAUCACAGGGGAUGUGAAGCUGCAGGACAUUGCGUGGAAGAUGUUCCAGUCUAUUGAUGUUGCGACGAGGACGCCUAUCGCUCAUGCCGCCGUCCAUGAUGUCCGUUAUGCAAAGCCAGAAAAGAGUGACCGCAUGGAAAGUUUCUGGCUUGCCGAGACGCUCAAAUAUUUCUACCUCAUCUUCAGUGAGCCGUCGCUCGUGAAUUUGGAUGAUUGGGUCCUGAACACCGAGGCACAUCCAUUCAGGAGGCCAACGGGUUGAAUGAAGAACAGCAUCAAACAAUAAGCAGUCUAUCUGUUGUCCCCGAGGUCGCCGCAACCAGACUUGGGCCUUGCCGCACAACGAGCAUCCCCUGCUUGAGCUGGUGGAAUGUGCAGUUUCUUACCAUCGCGCAUUGGAGGAUUGAUUACUCUUUCAGCGAGCCUACCGGCCGCUGGGGGUGUUGAUCGGGAAAGGGUCGAUAUGACGUGAACUGAAACGGGUCAAGUAGCAGAGUUGAAGAGCUUGAUCCAGCGAAGAGCCAUGGAGAUGCUCAUGGUCGUGUACAUUUGGCAGAUGCCAUGGGAAUUGUCGGGAUGGCCACGGAUUCGUGGCCUGACGAUGGUUAAUCGGGGCUGAUAGCAUGCAGUGGUACAGCACUUGCACAUAUCGGUGUAAAGAAUACAAUAGGGGGGUUUGCGAGUGACGAGGUAGAAUACUACUUAUGUACUAGUACGGUGCCACAAUUACUAGCUGAUGGAUCCAUCAAAGUGCACUAGAUCAAUUUGGGACUUUGCG